AGCCUGGCACCUGGGAGCCGCACGAUGGGAGCAAGUGCCUGCGGUGGACUCGUGGGAGACCCUGGCUUCCUUAACUCUUCUCUCCUCGUGGACACCACAAAACAUCCACACAGGCCUCCUUCCCAAAUGACUCCAGAACCAGGUGCACAUCUGCCAGGUGAAGGUGAGAUCGAAGAUAAGCAGCUUCACCCUUCUCCUGCAGAACCAGAGGAACAGGGAUGCAGCCAGGAAACAGAGCAUGACAAUUUUGAGACACUGUCCCACCAAAGUGAAAGUCAAUCAGACUCAAAAACUGACCCCUUUGAAAGUGCUUCCGACACAGAGUCGCUGCCUGGUGACCUCACAGGGGCAGUCUGCCUCCCUCCAAGUGGCACCUCUGUGGACACAGAUGCACCCUGGGGAUGCCCUGACAUCCCAGCAGCCAGACCUCCUCGAGAGCAGCAUUCGACUGGUGUCCCUGGGCUUAUUCCAAAGGAAGAACGAGAUUUGUCUCUUGACUUCAAGGAAGAGUCUUACAAAAGUGGGUUCCGAGCCUUUCCCGCAGUUGCUGGAGAAGGGAAGGCAGAACACCUUGGUGACAGCGUGGCCAGCCUGGCGCAGAAGGCUUCACUGGCAGGGGCUCCUCACCACACAGAGGGUGCCACAGGCAGCCACAGCCUCCAGCCACCAAAAGUAGUGACUGUACAAGACCUGAGGGGGCUCUCCAUUUUUUCUCAUCAGAAAUCCAGGUCUGAGAGUUGUCUCCGCAUCCGGGGGGCCUGGUCCUUCCUUCCCCCGUGCUGUGACCUGUGCCGGAGCUGGCCACGCAUCCACGGCGGGGCCAGGGGACCAGGGCUGCCUCUCAGAGGCCCGCUGGACAGCGUAACCUCUCUGGGAGCCAGGACAGAGAAGGGAAGUACUCCGGUGCCGGCAGUGAACACAGACUUGCUCUGCUCCCCGCCCUGCCUUGAUGUCCCCUGCCAGCUUCCUUUAGGGACAUCUUGCCUGCUAUAUGCCAAGCUUUGCCAUAGUGCCCCAGAAAAUAUUGACAAGGGCAGGGCAUCCCCAGGGCACCACUGUCAGCACAUGAGGACAUUGACCAGGGUCCACUCCAUAGGAGGGCUUCCCUUAAGAUACCCUGAGGGGCCUCCAGGGAAGAACUUUGUGAAGUUUGGGACUCAUUUGAAGGAAAGGACAGAAACAGAACGAGAUCCAAGAACACAAAACCUUCUUCACCCUGUUCACACCCUACCGUCUCACUUGCUUCCUGGUUCCCAAAGGAGGGCUCCCUAUUUGCAAGAUCGGUACAAACCCAGUGCUCUUGGCUGGAAAAGGGCCUUUCAGGACAGGCCCUCUGAACAUCUCUGGCUGGAAAACCAGUUGGGACGGGAUUCUAGGUCCUGCCCAGUUUCUUCAUGCCUUACUGAGGAGCUGGUGAGCCUCCCUGCAGAGGAAGUGCCAGCGCCUGCAGAGUGCAAGUCGGAACACAGCCCAGAAAUCAGACCCGAGGAAGCCCAAGGCACUGGCCCUGCACCAAACGCUGCUGUGAAUGAUAAACAAAGGCACCUUCAGGAUAUUUCUGUUGAGGCAGGAAACCAAACCAGUAAUUCCACAUCAAACUAUGUUCUUAGUGAGAAAAGAAAGCCACCUGCUAGGGCCAAGUUUUCACAUCACUCCAGCAAUAGCGGGUCACAGGUGUGGAACAGAGCCUGCAUGGGUUGCACCACAGUGAGUGAAUGUUCAGACACCCGGGAGACCACCCUGAAAUCAAGUGCAACAGACACUUCAAAGGAAGCAGAAGACGUGAUGGUUCUAGACCCCAACUGCAUGAAAAAUGUCUUGCAGGGUUUUUCAGAAAUAACAGCAGCCACUGUGUCUCACUGGGGGUGUGAGGAGUGUGAACAGGGGCCUGAGCGUGGUGCCACGCCCUUGGCGGAGGGCCUGCAGCUGGAGCCCAAAGCAGACACAUCUUCCAGGGGAAGGUGCACACUCAUCAUUAUAGCUGUUGAGCAGAAGGGUCUGCAGGCCACCAGGAGGAAAGCGGGUCCUCUUCCAGAAACGCAGUCCCAUGAGUUUCUGGAGGAAAGACCAGAACCUCCCCGCAGAGUUGGCGCGACUCCCUGGGAGUCUCCCAGGGCUGGGAAACCACAAACCUAUGGCGAUCAGUGUGAGCUGCCAGCAGCCCGCAGACCGGGAGGGGCUGAUGGGGCUCUUCAGCCAGCGGCCCAAGGCGCAGAGCCUGGGGUACAUAAGGUCCCCCAAGCUGCUUCAGAAGAGAGGACCCCGGGUAGAGGAGAGAUUUGUUCCCAGGAGCGCGCUGGGGGUGUGCUGAGCACAGAGGGGUCUGCGGACGAGAAACCGCCUGGGGCAGGCCAGAGCCCGGGGACUGGGGCCAACAGGGAGGACGCUGCCAGGGCGCCCGGCCCCCGGCCCGAAGACGCACGCGGGACCCGCGCCCCCGCGCUCCUGCCGCGCGCACUGCCCCGCCGGCUCGGCGAGGCUUCGCGGGGGCCCGGCCGGCGCCUGGCGCCCCACAAGGUGACCUCCCUCGGGAGGAGCGAGCCCUCGGCCGCCGCGGGCCCCAGAGGGGGCGCCGGCGCGCAGGGAGCCGGGCGUCCGCAGCCCACCCGCGCCGUGGCCUCCGCAGGCCUCGAGGAGCCCCGCGCCAGGGAUCUGAGCGCUGCGGCCGGCAGGCAGGGGGCGUCCGGCGGGGCCGGGACCUCUCCACUCACGGCGGCCGCGAGCGCCUCUCCGAAGAUGGCCCUCCAGGGCGCAGGCGAGGGAGCCGCAGGGCUGAGAGAAGGGGGCCACGUGGAGACGCCAGGGGACCUCGAUAGCAGGAGAACGUCCUCAGAAAGCUGCGACGCCAAGAGACUCAAAACUCCACAGAAGAGGCUCAGGGCAAGGUUGUCCUUAGCUCAUAAGACCUUUGCAAAUUUUUUUGAGUCAAAAGUUGUAGAGAAAGAAGACACUGGUGAAUGUUCCCCAGGUUCUGUCAAGGGCCAGAAGGAGAGGAGCAGGCCGCGCCAGAGUUCCUGGCGUGCAUUUCUGAAAAGCAAAGACGCACAACGCCCAAAAAGGCCCUCUUCAGUGAGUCUGGUUCCAGGACAGGAGAUCCCAAAUCCCCUCCGACCUUCCCCACCAGGGAUCAACAGCCACUGCGUGGAGCAGGCAGGGGACAAGGAGAGCUAUGUUGUUAGAGAUCACUGGGCACCUUCUCAGUCCCCCACACCAGUGUCAACCAGCAGUUUGGUCUCUCCAGAUAACAGGAGAAAAAGUGAACCAACCAUCAAAUGUACAAGCCCCCAGGAAAGUGGUAGGUACCUGCCUUCAGCUAUCUUUCCUGCGAAGUCCUGGCUGAUCUCGCCCGUCAACCCUCAUGUCCAGCAGGCUGGGAUGAGCCACACCCUCCCCUCCAGCUCUGCUUGUUGCUUGGCAUAUGGCAGCCAAGGCAUGCCCUGCAAACCCAUGACCCCCAAGCCCUGGAGCGCCAGGCCUGGUGCUCAGCGGGCAGAUUUCCACUCCAUGGUUUCUCUUGGAAGUUACCGCGAUGUGGAUAGCAGCUCAGAGGCCCCUGAAAGGCCCAAGACCCCCAGGGCAGGGACAAGCCUCCUACUUUCUCUGCAGACAGGAGACCAGGAUGACCAGAAGGAAGAGAGGGAGGAAAGACGCCAGCAUCACCAUGGCCUGAGCACAGCCCCAUCGCUCAGGGAGCUUCCUGGCAGUGAGAACCACAUGCCGUGGGAAGAACAACCAGGCAAGAAGCCCAGUUGCUCCCUCGGUCAGAAAGCUUUUCACACUGAGCCAGCCCAGAGACCAUUCUCUACCACUGAGAUGGUGACAUGGACCCUCCCCUCUGUCUCUGCUGAGGACGUCCCCAGGGAGACUCCUCCAGAACCCAGAAGCAUGCCUCAGCACUCACACAGUUUAGAUGAGCUGUGGCUGGAGAAGACGCAGAGGAGGAAGCUGAAGAAGCAGGCCCAGGUUGAAAGGAAGAUGCAUGCAGGGAUAGCACAUGAAGAUGGAGUGCAGUGUUGGAGGAAGAUGACUGUUAGCUCUCCAGAGACUCUGAAUUUGCCUAGAAGAAGCCAUCCAUUCUCCCAGAGUGCUCCAACAGGACUGAACCACCUGUGCUGGCCGGAGGACAGACCGGACACUGCCAUUCCCGAUGGAGUUCUGGACACUGCCAUCCGUGCUGACGAGGCGGGGAGCGAGGAGGACCUCUAUGAGGAUAUGCACAGCUCCAGCCACCACUACAGCCACCCUGCUGGGGGCGGCGAGCAACUGGCCAUCAAUGAGCUCAUCAGCGAUGGCAGUGUGGUCUGUGCUGAAGCACUCUGGGACCAUGUCACCAUGGAUGACCAGGAACUGGGCUUCAAAGCUGGGGAUGUCAUCGAAGUAAUGGAUGCCACCAACAGAGAGUGGUGGUGGGGCCGUGUCGCCGACGGCGAGGGGUGGUUCCCAGCCAGCUUCGUGCGGCUGCGUGUGAACCAGGACGAGCCUGCGGACGACGAGGCGCUGCGGGCCGGGGCUGGCGGGGCGGAGGACGGCGGGACCGAGGCGCAGAGCAGCAAGAACCAGAUGCGGACCAACGUCAUCAACGAGAUCCUCAGCACGGAGCGCGACUACAUCAAGCACCUGCGCGACAUCUGCGAGGGCUACAUCAGGCAGUGCCGCAAGCGCGCCGACAUGUUCAGCGAGGAGCAGCUGCGUACCAUCUUCGGGAACAUCGAGGACAUCUACCGCUGCCAGAGGGCCUUCGUGCAGGCGCUGGAGCAGAGGGUCAACAGGGAGCGGCCGCACCUCAGCGAGCUGGGCGCCUGCUUCCUGGAGCACCAAGCGGACUUCCAGAUCUACUCCGAGUACUGCAACAACCACCCCCGCGCCUGCCUGGAGCUCUCCCGGCUGGCCAAGCUCAGCAAGUACGUGUACUUCUUCGAGGCCUGCCGGCUGUUGCAGAAGAUGAUUGACAUCUCUCUGGACGGCUUCCUGCUGACCCCAGUGCAGAAGAUCUGCAAGUACCCUCUGCAGCUGGCUGAGCUGCUCAAGUACACACCCCCCCAGCACAGGGAUUUCAAGGACGUGGAGGCUGCUUUACAUGCCAUGAAGAACGUGGCCCAGCUCAUCAAUGAACGGAAACGGAGACUGGAAAACAUCGACAAGAUUGCUCAGUGGCAAAGCUCCAUAGAGGACUGGGAGGGGGAAGACCUCCUGGUCAGGAGCUCAGAGCUUAUCUACUCGGGGGAGCUGACUCGAGUUACACAGCCACAAGCCAAGAGCCAGCAGAGGAUGUUUUUUCUCUUUGACCACCAGCUCAUCUACUGUAAGAAGGACCUUCUCCGCCGGGACGUGCUGUACUAUAAAGGCCGAGUGGACAUGGAUGACCUGGAGGUGGCAGAUCUGGAGGAUGGGAAGGACAGAGACCUCCAUGUGAGCAUCAGGAACGCCUUCCGGCUGCACUGCGGCGCCACAGGAGAGAGCCACUUGCUGUGCGCCCGGAAGCCUGAACAGAAGCAGCGCUGGCUCAAGGCCUUCGCCAGGGAGAGGGAGCAGGUGCAGAUGGACCAGGAGACAGGAUUCUCCAUCACUGAGCUGCAGAGGAAGCAGGCCAUGCUGAAUGCCAGCAAGCAGCAGGCCACCGGGAAGCCCAAAGCCCUCAGCCGGCCCUACUACCUGACACGCCAGAAGCACCCGGCACUGCCCACCUGCCUGCCCCAGCAACAGGUCUUGGUGCUGGCAGAGCCCAAGCGGAAGCCCUCCACCUUCUGGCACAGCAUCAGCCGCCUGGCACCGUUCCGCAAGUGAGCCAGUGGCCCACCCGACCACACUGUCUGGACCUUCCGCGCCAGCGGGCCUCCGGCUUCUCCUCCUCAAGGCCCACUGUGUCCGGCCCUCCUCUGCGUAUGACACAAACUGGAAGCGAGCAGGGCCAAGUGAGGAAGCUGCUCAGUGCCACCAGUAUGUGCCAAGUUCUGGGCUCCCAUUCAUGGUUUCUGCCCCACUACUGGUGCACUGAAGACACCAGCCAGAGACAGGGAGCCCCACAGCAUGUGGACCCCCUGGCACCCUGGACGUUGGUGGGGCCUCCCGGGAGCUAGGGCUCAGAACCACCCCCCAGGCCCGCGCACAUGAGGAGACUGGCAGCUCUGCACCCUCUUCUUUGGGCAUCUAAUCAUCCCUCCUUCUCCUGGUUUUUUCUGGGCAGGAGACCAUAUCUACCUUCAGCCACCUGCCAAGCUGGGCCGUGUGCCCCUCUGCCCUCAAUUCUCCUUGCAAGCCCCCAGCCCCCAGCUGGUGGUGCAGCAGCUUGCAUCCCUGGAGGUUGGGAACCAGGAAUUCUGCGCACAAAAACGUCUGGCCCAGAGCCCACCUGUUCUGCCUCCCAGUCCCUCUCUAGACACUCCUGGCGGCCAGACACCCUCUUCACUUGUGAUGUGUGUGUUUAUAGUGGAAAGAAAACAAAACCAUAGUCCACCACAUACUUCUGUCAAGGUUUGUGACCAGUCCACGUGUAGCUGUGGGUUGAUUCUAGAACCUUACUGCAGUUUUGUUAUUUUGUUGUUUUUAUAACAAUGGAGAAAAAAAAUUACUGUUAGUGACACAGAAAGACUGCCUUACCCUGAGUGAGCGUGUGAAGCCGGAAGGACUGACUUCUGAGGCCCAGCAUGCAGGGCGGACCCGCCCCCAGAGGCUGGUGCGCACUGGGCUGGAGGGAAGCCCACCUCCUUCUGAGGAGGGGCCCCCACGAGUGUGGCCAGGGCCUGGCUUUUGGGUGCAGAGCACCGAGCUGCCCCUCUGGCCCAUGAAAACUUAGCAGCAUGUACAGUCACUCUUGCACUAUACCCUCUCCAAGCCCAGAAACCACAUUUAAUUUCAUAAAGAAACCUGUGAAAAAUAA